AUGUCUUCUAGCACAAGACCUAGCGAUAUGUGGCUUUCUUUAAGUAUUGACGAAAGCUACCACAGUAUCCCAAGCAAAGAUUACGAUCACACUGACCCCGAGGUUGCGGAGCUCGAAAGUCUUUCGGCCAAUUUAGCCAACAAACUCGAAAGAAUUAAUGACAAUAUCAGCGACAUAAAACGAAAAAAAGACAAAGCCCAGCACAAAAUUGAAAGGUAACCAUAAAUUAGGCUUGAAGAUGAAAAUCACUUCCUCAGCAAAGAAAAUGAAGAACUCUCAGAAGAAAUCAAACAAUUAGAAAGGACGCUUUAUUUGUGACAGCAUCAAGAACAGUUAAAAUCCCCCAAACACAGAUUCGGCCAAAGUUCACAAUUUAAUAGAGCUUCCAUACAGUUAUCGACGUCAAUACUAAACAAUUCCUCAUCGAUGAUAAGCGAAGAAGACCCAGACGAUGACUUAAGCACAGUUGAGUCAAUUAAGCAGCAAAUUAUAGAAAUGAAAAAUACUUUCCAGGACCAGGCUAUUGUAUUGUAUCAGUUGCAGGAUUUUAUUAAUGAAACUUAUGAAGACAGGAUUGAGUUUCAAAAAAUAGUUUUGGAGGUAGAAAAUGAUAAGAAAAAGGCUUCGCAGCUUAUUGAGGAUUAUUAUGUGAAAAAAGCGACCAAUUUUGAAUGCAUGAGGUCAGAGGGGUCUUCUUUAUUUGCUGGGAGUUUAGCAAGGAGCAGCAUUGAAGAAGAUAUGACAUUUGGGAUGCAACUAAAACAGAAUUCUUUUAAGAAUGUUAAUAUUUUGCCGGAAUUACCGAAAAAAAAGAAAAAUAUGUUUUGCGAAUAUAUUAAUUCGAAAAGAAAAAAGAAAAUAAUUAAAAACGAUGCACUUAGCACGCCACAGAUUGUGCCAAAUAGGAACAAUUAA